UUAAAAGGCUUCCUCUUCUCUGCUAGUAAACCAGUUGCUUCAUGAAGAAUCCACUGAGCAUAUCUUUCUGUAUUGUCAUUUGUCAGCUGCUUAUAUAUCAGCCCUGCUGGUUUUAAACAGGGGCAAAAUGUCUACUUUCGGAUACAGGAGAGAGAUUAGUAAAUAUGAAGAUAUUGAUGAAGAUGAGCUACUGGCCUCACUUUCACCAGAGGAGCUCAAGGAACUGGAAAGAGAACUGGAUGAUAUUGAACCUGACCGUAAACUCCCAGUUGGGAUGAGACAAAAAAGCCUAACAGAAAAGUCUCCAACUGCAAACUUUAGUAGAGAAGCACUAAUGGCCUAUUGGGAAAAAGAGACUAAAAAGCUGAUGGAAAAGGAAAAUUUGGGUGCAUGUGAUAAGAGUUCAAAAGAGGAAGAUGAAGACGACGACAAAAGUGAGGAAGAAGACUUUACCGGGACAAACAGUGAGGUUUCAGAAGAGAUAUACACAGAGGAAGAGGAGGAAGAGGAAGAAGAGGAAGAAGAGGAGGGAGAAGAGGAGGAAGAAGAAAGUGAACAGGAAGAAAGUGACAAAGAAGACAGUGAUGAUGUUAUAUCUAGCAGAACUGAACAACCUGAAGUUAAAAUAUCUUCUAUACAAAUCCCUUCUAUAAAGCUGAAUGGUUUGAUGGACAAUAGUAAAGCAUAUAAUGGUUAUAGUGGAAAUGCAGUGAAAAAUUGCAGACAAACAGAAGAAGCACCAAACAACCGAUCAGCUAUGUGUAUUUCUGGCUCUAACCCAACUGUCAUAGAUGAAGCACUUGAAAAUAUUAAAGCCAAUGAUCCAGACACACAUGAGGUCAACCUGAAUAACAUAGAAAAUAGUACGGCAGAUACACUGAUAGAUUUUGCAAAUGCAUUAAAAGAUAAUACCAAUGUCAAAAUAUUUAGCUUAGCAAACACACACGCUGAUGACAAUGUUGCUCUAGCUAUUGCUAGUAUGUUAAGAGUUAAUCAGAGUAUCACAAGCCUAAAUAUAGAAUCCAACUACAUCACAGGAAAAGGCAUAUUAGCCAUUAUGAGAGCUUUGCAGUACAGCAAUAAUGUGUUAACAGAACUAAGAUUCCAUAAUCAGAGGCAUAUCAUGGGAAGCCAGGUGGAAAUGGAAAUCGCAAAACUUUUAAAGGACAAUACAAGUGUAGUGAAGCUAGGAUAUCACUUUGAGCUUCCAGGACCACGUAUGUCUAUGACAAGUAUCCUAACCAGAAAUAUGGAUAAACAAAGACAGAAAAGAAUGCAAGAGCAAAAGGAAUCUGGUUAUGAUCCAACAAACAAUCUAAGACCCAAGGCCUUCCAGAGAGGAACACCCGGAUCCUCACCAUAUUCCUCCCCGAGAGGUUCACCGUGGUCAUCCCCAAAACUUACUAGAAAAGUUCAACCGGCAAAUAAUUUGCCUCCUUCUCCACCACCUCCACCACCUCCACCUCCCCCACCUCCUCCUCCUCCACCAGUACAAUCACUAAAUGAGAAAAAAGUUCCCUCUCGAAAUAUAGCAGAAGUUAUCAAACAGCAUGAGCGCUCAGCCAAGAAAAUACAAAAUGGACAUCACAAGACGAAAGGCAAAAAAAAUAAAAAGGAACAAAAUAACAUAUUGAAAGAAAUAAAAAAUUCAUUACGGUCAAUAUCAGAGAAGAAAGUGGAAGAGUCAUCAAGACCAUCUACCCCCCAACGGUCUGUACAUGAUGAUCUAAUGGAAGCUAUCAGAGGAAGCAGCGUAAGGCAGUUGAAAAAGGUGGAAGUACCAGAAUACCUUCGAUAAUAUCAAGUGACAACCAAAUGAAAAAAAAGAAGCUUUGUUGAGUUAUCUGCAGUUCUUUAAACAUAUUUAUGUUAUUAGCAAAAUACACUCAAGUUUGAAAUAUAUUUUUUUAAUGGUAGCCGUUACUGGCAGAAAUAUGUUAAUUGUAACAAGAUGAUUUGUAAAUAUGUAAAAAAAAUAAAAAAAAAUGCAUUUCUAUUAAAUAAUAA